UAAAGUGAGGAAGUCAUAAAAAACAACAGACACUGAGUCACAAAGAAGAAGCGUCGCCGGUAAAAGCUGCGUCCUCCCCGGUACCGGAGCACGUGGUCGGUACCCGCCCCUCCGGCCUCUCUGGUGACUCCGGUUCUGCCCAGACUUAUCGGUUUCUCGGUGCUCGUGGUGACCGUGUGUCCGGCGUCUCCGCGGUGUGUGUGUGUCGCUCGUUUCGUCGCCCAGCGUGUCCCGGGAAGAUGCUCCGUGUGCGCGCGGCCCUGAUGAGCCCGUCCUGGCGGGGGUUCAGGACGUUUCCUUGUGCAGCGGUGGAGGUGAAGAAUGAACCGAUCCUGAGCUUCACAGAAGGAACUCCAGAAAGGGCGGAGCUGCUGAAGGCCCUGUCCAGCCUGAAGGGGAGGACGGAGGAGAUCCCGUGUGUGGUUGGAGACGAACAUGUUUGGACCAAAGACAUCAGAUAUCAGUUAUCACCCUUCAAUCACUCCCAUAAAGUGGCCAAGUUCUGCUACGCUGACAAGGAGCUGAUCAAUAAAGCCAUCGUUGCGUCCGUGGCGGCGAGGAAGGACUGGGACCUGAAACCGGUCCAGGACCGAGCCCAGAUCCUGUUCAAGGCUGCAGACGUCAUCAGUGGACCCAGGAGAGCUGAGAUCCUGGCCAAGACCAUGAUGGGACAGGGUAAAACCGUGGUCCAGGCUGAGAUCGACGCGGCUGCUGAGCUCAUCGACUUCUUCAGGUUCAACGCAAAACACGCCAUCGACCUGGAGACACAGCAGCCUCUGGACGCAGGGGGGUCCACCAACACCACCAUCUACAGGGGGCUGGAGGGCUUCGUAGCUGCUGUGGCUCCUUUUAACUUCACGGCCAUCGGAGGGAACCUGGCAGGAACUCCGGCUCUGAUGGGUAACGUGGUCCUGUGGAAGCCCAGUGACACGGCCGUGUCGGCCAGCUACGCCGUCUACAGGGUCCUCAGGGAAUGUGGUCUUCCUCCCAACAUCAUCCAGUUCCUCCCGGCCGACGGCCCCGUGUUCGGAGACACCGUCACCUCCUCCCCGGACCUGGCGGGGGUCAACUUCACCGGCAGCGUCCCGACGUUCAAGCGUCUCUGGAAGCAGGUCGCCCAGAACCUGGACACCUACAAGAACUUCCCUCGACUGGCAGGAGAGUGUGGGGGGAAGAACUUCCACUUCGUCCACCGGUCUGCAGACGUCCAGUCCGUGGUGACGGGGACGAUCCGGUCCGCCUUUGAGUUUGGGGGACAGAAAUGUUCAGCCUGCUCCAGGAUGUACGUCCCUGAAAGUCUCUGGCCUGAGGUCAAACGGCAGCUCCUGGACAUCCACAAGGACAUCAGAGUGGGGGACCCUGUGGACGACUUCAGCACCUUCUUCUCAGCGGUCAUAGACGACAAGGCAUUUGCCCGGAUAAAGACGUGGUUGGACCGGGCCAAGUCUUCUCCAAACCUGGAGAUCAUCGCUGGAGGAAACUGUGACGACCAGAAAGGGUUCUACGUGGAGCCGACCAUCAUCCAGACCAGAGACCCCCGGGACGCCAUCAUGGCCGAGGAGAUCUUUGGACCCGUCCUCUCCGUCUACGUUUAUCCUGACAACAGCUACAAAGACGUCCUGACACUGAUCGACACCACGUCUCCCUACGCUCUGACGGGGGCCGUGUUCGCCCAGGACCAGUCCGUGGUGGAGGAGGCGUCUCGGGUCUUGAGAAACGCUGCAGGAAACUUUUACAUCAAUGAUAAAUCCACCGGUUCCAUCGUAGCCCAGCAGCCGUUUGGUGGAGCCAGAGCUUCAGGAACCAAUGAUAAACCUGGAGGUCCUCACUACGUCCUCAGGUGGACGUCUCCUCAGGUGGUGAAGACUACUCACGUCCCCCUCACACAGUGGACGUACCCGUACAUGGGCUGAGAGGGGUCCACUCAGACCCUGUCCCCCCAUCCCUUUGUCCCUCAGAGACAGCUGGUGUCCCCCCGUCCCUCCGUCCUCAGAGACAGCUGAUGUCCCCCCCAUCCCUCCGUCCUCAGAGACAGCUGGUGUCCCCACAUCCCUUUGUCCCUCAGAGACGGCUGAUGUCCCCCCAUCCCUUUGUCCCUCAGAGACAGCUGACGCCCCCCCCCCAUCCCUCCGUCUUCAGACAGCUGGUGUCCCCCCGUCCUCAGAGAGAAGCUUUGCACUGAUCAUGAAUGUCCUCGAUUCGUCCUCAUAAAGUUUUAUUUUUAAUGGAUCAUUUCAUCCAGUGGAUCAACUCACUGGUUAACGGCUCUGUCUCUAAUUAAUUAAUUACUUAAUUAAUUAGUUAAUUAAGUAAUAUUAUAAUCAUUGUAUUAACAGUUGUUUCUAUUUUCAGAAUGUGCCUCUUUUAGAAAAACUCAGAGUAAAUUUAAUAAAUAAACUUUAAAUUAUUAA